AUGGAUGAAACACAAAGGGAUUUAUUCGAAUCGGUGGAAGAUUUGCCGGAAUGGUUACAUAUUGACUGGGUAUGUCAAAAUAGAUAUCCUGGACGUACCAUCGAUGACUAUACUUUGCCUUCCGUACAGUAUUCAUUACCGUCUUUCCUGAAACUUUCAACCUUUCGCUUCAACGCAAAUAUGCUGUAUACAGAGAGUGGCAUCAAAGUAGUAUUUCGAUGCCUUCGGUUUCUGUAUCAUCAAAUCAUUUAUAACACCGCCGAAACAGCUAUCAUUGACCUGGAUCGUUCAUUCAGUUAUUUAACAGCCUUUGCACAGAACAUGGAAUUGGAUGGUGAUAUGGGAACGUUGAAUGGAAUUGCACGAGAAUUCAAGUUUUUUCUUGUUCAAGCGGGCUCACUGAGUCAUUAUAUUACCAGCGAUGGUUUAUUUGCUACACGAAAUAUUGAAACGAAUUACAUUUUCCAUGCCCUAUUAAUUGCCUGGAUGAAAGCUGUCCGUAUUUCAAGUUUUUUCAAAAGGUUCGGUGGUUUCGAAAAACUUUACCCUAUGGGUGACGCAUUAUCUUCAACAGAACAGCUGUCAAUGCUUGUUUCAUACGGAUUACUAUUAAGUGCAUCGCGUAUGGAUCGAUCUUGUAUAUGCCGUUGUGUCACUGCCGCAUGGCACCAACUUUAUGUAUUCAACAAAGAAAUGUUUUGGUCAAAUAUGGUCAAGUUGCUGGGUUUAUGCACCGGUAGCUUGCAUUACUAUCCUCCUGAAAGUCCCUCAAGUGGUAGGUAA